UUGUUUCCUUCAAUUCAGUAGUUGAGCAUUAGAGUAGUAAAUUUUUACACCAUUUUUGCAUGUAGUCAGGAAUUCAGGAAACAUACACGCGUAAAACGUAAUGUAAACAAACUCAUGAACGUAUGCUUAUAUAAUAAUUUCGUUCGAUGGUGAAAGACGAAAGUAUCCGGUAGUCGCUACUUCAAGUAAUUUUGACUUGUCUGUGGGCUUCAAAAUGAAAUUAUUAUACAAAAUAUAUCUAUAGUGAAGUAUUAUGAAAUUCCCAAAAAUGUGUGUUUGUUUGUUGUUGUUUUUUAUCACUAGGUAUUUUUUAAUGAAAAAUUUAGGCUCUGAAAAUACCCAGAUUCAUACAUCAUGUCAGACGAUGAGAAUCUUCGUCAAAUGUUCAACGCCAUAGAACGUGAUUGUUUGGCUCCAGAUGAAUUACCAGAUUCGGUGUUGAAUGAUUCCUCAGCUCAUCAAAUAAAGGAGCUGGAUGGGACUUCUUGUAAUAGAGUGGAAACAGCUCGUAUCGAUUUGGAAGAUAAAAAUACAUACGUCCAACAAUUCAUUCCACGUUUAGAAGACAUGGCUACUCUUGUAGCAACUUUAGAAACGUUAAAUUAUUACUACACGACUCAAUGUAUCGCAAACUUCGAUCAUCUUAAAUAUGUGAACAAAGUAAUCGAUAAAUUGAUGGUACCAAAUCGCAUCACGAAAAAAAUCGAAGCACUUUGUGCUCAGAUGAAAAAAGAACUAUGGUUUCUUAGAUCUGAAAUUCAGAAAUGGAGCCGUGUAUACGAUUACGAUUCGUGUUCGUAUUUUUAUCUCUACGGAUUGGUUUGGGACUCGAGUGGCCACAUUAACGAAAAAAAAACGACAGAGAAAGCUUUAUCGAGUUCGAGACAUUUGAAUGAUGCCGAUUUCGUAUUCGAAAAAAUGACUAAACACUGUUUAGUUAAUUAUAUAAUGGAUUUUCCUCUGGAUUCAUUGAGUAAAGAAUUCAUCAGAACUGUGGAAGAACGACAAUUUUCCGAACAUGAACUAACAUAUUACUGGAUAAAAUGUAAAACAAGGAAUACUCUUGAUAGAUACAGCACAAGGUACUAUCAGUAUGAAUUGGCUUUAACUGAUGUGCUUCGUUCGUUGAAACUGGCUAUCAGCAGUAAAUAUCAAUGGUCUGCGUACGAAUACUUCUGGAAUUUUUUCAAUGAAAACGAUCAAGUGGAAAUGACCAGGAAUUUAAUUCGAAACGAUAAUUACAGAAAAUACCAGAAGAUUUUAUUCUCGAAAUUGAAUAAAAAUCAGCUCAAUCGUUUAUAUUCUGAAGCCCCUCUUACCAUUAUUGUCAACUUUUUAUCUUUGGGAGAACUCGAGCUAGCGAAAGCGACUUGGGAUCGUAUCAAGGUGACCAUCGAAUGUGAAAAAUACGAAGUACUACUUGAACGAACCUGGGAGAAUCCAAAAUUAGAUGAAGAAGACCGUUUGCAAUUUUCAAUUUAUUCAUGGAACACAGCACCCUCAAAUCUAAUUGAGUACCUGAUAAAUGUGAAAAAUUGUCAAAUUACGGACAAACUUUUAAAAGGAGAACCAAUGCUUGAAAGUUCCAGUAGGUGUAAAUUUCUAAAAUCUGUUUUGUCUCGAACAACUCUCGAAUUCAAACAGAAAUUUUUGCUGCAAGCUGGUCCAUGUUUAAUAUUGAAUCAUCCGGAUGUGUUCAUUUCACUGAUUAAUCACUGUUUGAACGAAAUUGACAGCUUGACAGUCAGAGAAAAUUUACUUAUUGAAGCGAUGGAGUCGAGUCCACCAGCUGGAAUUAUGCACCGUUUUCGAGAUUUAUUUUACUCGAGUCGUGAAGAAUUUAACGAAUUCCUCGAGUUAUUCACUUUGAAACCAACUUUACAGACACAAUUCAAGGAGUGUUUGUUACGAUCUGAAUUACUAAUCACCAAAGUACUUUGGAAAGUUGGUAAUUGGGAAAAAUUGUUUCAAUUUAUAGACGAGUUGUUUCCGACCCUAGAAGUAGCUAGGUAUCAAAAAAGGAAUGUUGUUUUUACUUUUUUGCAGACUCACUGCAGCACUUAUCGUGAUUGUUACCGACCAAAUGGCGAUGAAAAGUUUACCGAAAUUGAUAAUCUCUUAAAUCAAGUUCUUACACCUCAAGAAGUAAUCACUGCCAAGGAAAAUAUAGCCAAUAGUUUUCUGGGUGGUUAUUUUAGAUCUUUGAAAAGAAUGAAUGUGCAGAGAUUUGCCGAGUGGUGUUACUGCGGUGAUGAAGAAAAGAUAGAGGGAUUCAGACGUUCGCUUCCAAUUGAUGAAUUAUUUCAAGCUCUUUUGAGCGAAAUAGUUGAACGACACGUUAAUGGCAGAGAUGUAGAGUUAUCGUUUUCAUCAUUAGACGAAAUCUUACGUUGGAAAUUUUCAUCGAACAGAAGUGAAAUAAAAAAAUUCAAGUCGCGUGAAUUAAACAUAAUCAUGAAGAGAAAGAGAGAGAAGGACUAUUUGUGGAAAAAGGGGACAUAUCCGUCUAUCGCGGAGGAAAUUAUUGAAUGGGUUUUCCACAGCGAUAGUCGUCAGAUUCGAAAAUUUAAGCAACGUUACUCAAAAAGAGAUAUGAUGAAGAUUAUUCACUGGCUGCAUUUGUCAGAAGAGACCACCGACUGCGGAGAGUACUACCAUCAUACCAGCGAUGAAUCAGAUGGUGGAAGUCGCCAUCGUCCUAUUCUUACUGACGAUGAAUUAGACACUGACUAUACCGAUAGCGAUAGUGAGUUUGAUGGGGUUCACUCUGACUAUGAAAAUCAUCAUAGCAUGAGUGAAGAGUCUGACUAGAGUUCGACUGAUUCUUAUUAAUAUUAAUUUAUAGAAUUUAUACCAUGUUUACAUUUUUUACUGAUUCUUAUUAAUAUUAAUUUAUAGAAUUUAUACCAUGCUUACAUUUUUUAUCUAACUUUAAGAUAUGUACAAUGUGAUAAUAUUAUUUAAUAUGUGUGGAUUGAAAGGUUCACAUUUCGUCCAGUUGUUUAUCGUUGACUAGCACAUAUUUAUACCUAUUUUUACAAGGUUUUUGAUUUGAUUGAUUUUGUAUUUGUACAUAUUAUAAUAUGAACUCUUUC